AUAUUAAUAUAAUAAUAAUAAAGGUAAUUUUUGUAAUAAAUUUUAUAACUUAGAGGGCAGAACAAGUUUUACAAAUAGUAACAAUAUUUAUGGCUCAUAUAAUAAAAAUCAUUCAGUUCAUUCAAAGUACACUAAAUCUCAACAAAAUCAUAAAACAAUAAUGAAGAGUACCUACUAUAAUAGCAAAAUCAAGCACAAUCAUAUAAUAAAAUAUGGUCAACAGGACGCUCUCCCAUGUGAAACUCAUAUAGAUCAGGUGGAAAAUAUGUUAAUGAUGUCAGAAGAUGAGUACAUUUCAAACAAGGACAAUUAUGUCAACGUACGCGUGGAGUAUGAAUUGGAAUCUCCCCCGAAAGAAAUAAAAUGUGAUCUACCGAUACCACACCAAGACAGAGAACAAGCGACCAACCAGCGACACACGUUUGCUCUAUCCUGCAAAGUUAAUGUUAAAAACGCCACCUGCCCUUCUUGCCUCGUAUUAUUAUGGAAUGGAAAUGGAACACAGUGAUUGGUUG